CCGCGAAGUGAGUCUAAGUGAAAGAAUAAUUCAGACCAGACGAUGCGUGAUUCCGAAUUACAGCAGUGACCGACAGAUCCAUUUAUUCAACCUGUAGAUACUCCGCGCACUUUGCGCCUGACUGGUGUUUUGGUGGGCUGCGAGACGCCCUAUGCCCACCUCGCCAUCGCCCCCGAAUCCAUUCCCCUCGCUCCGCCAAAAGAAGGAUGCAACACCUGCAAAAGCCAAGGGCACAAUCACCGAGAAGCAAACAGCAAUGAAGGGCGGGGAGUUCGGAAAGGCCAUUGGCAUCGACAAGCCGGCGAAUGUGCGCGCGAAGAUCCAGAAAUGGCAGGCUGAAUUGGAAGCGGACAAGGACGCCGGUGCAAAGAGUCCCGUUGCAUCCGCAGCGUCGCCGAAACCGCCGUCGACGCCAAAGGCCGAGCCCGUCGCAGCAGCAGCGGUAGCAGCAGCGGUAGCGAAGUCGAGUCCGAAGCCCGCCGCGACGCCAAACAACAAGUCGGUGGAAAUACUGCCGGAGAAGCCAAAGAGCGCGAAGAAACCAACGCAUAAUCCGCUGGAUGAGGAGGUGGUAAUAGCGACAGCGCCGAAGAAGCGCGUGGUCAGCGAUUCGCAUUGGCGCACAAACAAGUCUCCGUCGAAAGAUGCCGGUGCUGGUGCAGUUGCAGGUGCGGCCCCGAAACCGUCUCCGAAAGCGUUACCCACCGCUUGGGUGCGUCCUGCAGCUCGGCGAGCGGCCGCGAGCCCCGAGACAAAACCCUCGACACCGAAUAAGCCUGAGUCAAAACCUAUCGUACUGUUGGAGCCGAAGAGCGGGGGACAGCGGACACGAAGCGCACGGCGGAGGAGACCGUCGCAGAUUUUGGGGUCAGGGAAUGAGAAGAGGCCUACUAGUAGUGGGUCGGGGAGCUCGAAGGCAGAAAAGGGCGAACAUGAGGAUUCUACAUUGCCGCGUUCUCCGAAAGCGCCACCUGACAAGUUUGAAUUGGUUCGGGUGCGGAGGAGACGGCGGUCGGGGCCGUCGCCUAGGAGUUCGCUUUCUGCGGAUGAUGCGACGCCGGUGAAGAAGAAAGAGGGGUGCAGAUCGGAAGGAUCAGAUCGAGAGGACACUGGGAAUCAGAUUAUCGUGGAAUACGAGUCGACGUUGAACGAGCCUGUCAGAGAGAAUACGAGACAACGGCAACGAAGAGCUCAACGGAGGAGGGCAGACACAUCACCAGAAGCUUUAUCGAGAGAAACACAGUCUAAAAAGCGAAACUACAUGCGUAGAAGGUCACAUCAGCCUGAUGGUGAAACGGAAAGGGCAAAACUACGGGAUAUACCAACACCUAGCACACCGCCGAAUCCUUUGGGCAAUCGGCUACAGGCCUGGCUACAGACCACGCCUGACCCCUUUUUGGACGAGGAUGCUCGGAAACGAAGGAAAUCCCGGGAUUCUGUAUCAACGCUCGAGUUGCCUCCCAAGAAGGGCGCCUCACAAACGAGCUUGUCUAGUGAACCCAAGGAGGAAAAGAAGGUUGAAGAUAUCCGAGAAGAGAAAGAAGGGAGCGGCCGAAAAAGGCGUUCACCGCGCCCAAAUGUACAGGUUAAGACAAGGGACUUGGAUGAACUUCCAUCAAUGGCGCGAUCAAGCGACAUCACUGGUACUACAGAUUCCAGGGAUACUGAAGGAUCUCCUACUCCAAAGUUGAAGCGUCGCGGCGCAAGACGUUCCCAGCACUCACCCACAAAAGAACGUGCAAGGUCUCCGCCAGCUCCUGAGCUCCAAAGGAAAGAUAUGGAUGAUGGUACAUCUGUCGUCAGCUCCUCUGUUGUUACCUCCUCCGUUGCCACGUCCUCUGUCCUCAGCUCAUCAAUAGCCACGUCCUCGGUGAUUAGCUCGUCUGUGGAUAGUUCGUCAGUGGUCAGCUCCUCCGUUGAUGCCUCAACCAUAGGGCCUGAUGAACAACUACCCGUACCGCGUCUGGAAAACCCAGCGAUGCGUCGGAUCUUCCCGACGACUGGGAAAAGAUUAUCAACAAUCGCCUCUGUAGAGACGUUUACGACGAAGCUGCAAAAUGCCGCCCCUUCCGUAGCUAUUGGGUCAGAGGUUGUUCAACCUCUGGUUGAUCCGAAGAAGAAAGUUACGCUCGCGGCCGCCUCCGAAGCGAGCAGCAGCCAAGUGGACGCAGACACCGCAACGACGCUCAGUAGGAGGAGUACAAGGCGCAACAGGCUCGCUAGCCAUGCAGAUUUGAUUUCUGUUCUCUCUAUGCCCAGGACCGGCACCAGAAGUAUCGUCUCCGCCCGCAGCAUCAGGACGAACCGUAGUCGACUAGCGACCGCCACCGUCGAAGACAUAAUGAACGAGCUCGCCUCAGAUGAGGUCAAGUACAUGCGGGAGCUCCGCACGCUGGUUGAUGGUGUGAUCCCUGUGCUUCUCAACUGCGUUCUGUCAAAGUCCGACUCGGCCGUCGCUGCGGGGCUGUUCAGUCGGUCAUCCAAGAUGGAGCCCAGCGAUGUGACGAAACCAAUUGUUGACAUGGGUGUUUGCCUGGACCGCCUCAAGAUGGUACACAAGCGUGUUCCAAAGGCCAACUCUGAUCAGUUCCUGUCCUGGGCACAGAGCGCGCAGCGCAUUUAUAAUGACUAUAUCAACGCCUGGCGGUUGGGUUUCGAGGACGUGGUUGUCAGUUUGGCUCCUGCCGAUGAGGAUCCAUUCACACCCGCGAAAGUUGUCCACGGCCCGGAUGACGCAGCACCGUGGGAUGAAGGUCUGGCUCAGAAUGCCGAGGGCUACGUGGUCAAUGGUGACGGAGAGCGAGUCGAUGUGGCCUACAUGCUCAAGCGACCCUUGGUACGCUUGAAGUAUCUCGCAAAGACCAUUAGGGGAAUCAACCAUGUGAAGCCUUCAGACCAAGCAGAAAAGAUGUCCAACAUCUUCCAGGACCUUGUCACUGCCGCACGAAAGCGCUCUCAUGAUGAACGCGCGCGGCUCGAAGACGAAGCUGCCGCGAGCAUCGACCCUACGCGUGCCCGAGAUCCCAGGAGUUUGGCCCCGUUAGCAGGCGUGCGCAUCGAUCCCAGUCGCUGUGUUCGGGCGCGAGACUACUUCGACAUGCAUCUGGUUCAUUCAAGUGGUCAGGAAAUCAACUGCCAGGUGGAGCUGCUUCUACGAGACAACGCAUCAGGAGUAGGCACUGGUGGAGACAUUCUGCUUUGUGAAGUCGAUGCCAAGGGGAGGUGGCUACUUCUCCCUCCUAUAGAGCUGAAGUACGUAUCGGCUCGCAAUGGGGAUUUAAAAGGGGAGGUUGUAGUAAUGAUUCGCGGAUACCAUGGAGACGGAACCGAGUGGAGAGAGGUGUUUUCCCUCCGCAUCGAUGACGAGCAGGCUGCGUUCGAAUGGGUGCAGAUGCUCGGUUUACAACCAGUCCCUCCUCAAAUUUCGGAGCUGAAGCGCGAUCCCAGCAUUCUCAACAAACCACCGCGACCAGCUAGUAGUCACGCCACAUCUAGCCUGGUCUCAGCGGCGACGGGAUCGACUGAUCCAGAGAAGAGCCGCUCGCCUAGUCCGCACGAGGUUGAGAUUCCUAUCGGAGAGCAGGCAAUUGCUACAUCGAAGAAAUGGGACUACGCUACACCGGAUAGACGUCCUAAAUCAUCCCAGGUCUCUCCAAUCACCCCUCCUAGUACUGAUGCGUCCGCUCUGGAAAGGCCCUCUGUCACACGUCCUGAGUCACCAAGCUCGCCCACUGAAGGCCGUCGCGCAAUCGAGAAUCGCGAGACGAGCCCGCGGAUGAAAGACAACUACGAUGAGGCCGAUCACGAAAGAACUCCACGUAGCCUCAACGAAGCAAUGAGGAUGGCUGGAAGGGGCUCGCCAGUUGGUCUCAGGCGUGCAAAAGCCAAACGGCGCUCCAAGAACCUGUCACCCUCUCCAGCGUCCCCGUCGUCGCCAAACCGGCCCUCAAGACAGAUUGUGGUCAGCGAUCCCGAAGACGAACCUGAGCCCCCAAGGAGGAAGUCAACUAAGCGCCGUUCUCAACCGCCACUGAGUUCACCAAGCUCAGAGCUGCCUCGGCCCACCAAGGGAUUCAGUGUAUGGAUGCCGUCGUCGGAUGUGGAACGGUCGGAAUCCUCCUCUGACGAUGACCGUAACUUCGACGAAGCACGUAACGUCGAAAGGUCGCAGACACACCGCCGCGUCUCCUCUGUACCAUCAAUGGAGUUCCCAACCAUUCCGAGAAUCAGAAAGACAAGCCAACCGACCACACCUGUCAAGGAGCCAAAUAAGGAAGAAGGAACUGGUGACGUAGCUGCACCUCCAGAUUCUGCUCCACCAAGAUUGGGAAGGGAUAAGAGUGCGCAUACCGAAAGAAAAGAAUCAAUACCGGACGACGAUGAAAAACCACCUCCAGUACCGCCGCAUCGAUCGCCCAGUCCAGCAUCUCCUGUCACUCUUAAAGGGCCAAAGACACCCGUUCUGACGCCUACACUUCCCGGAUUCAAGACUAAGCGUCGCUCAUCGUCCCCUCUCAAACAUGAAUAUGAGCCGUCGACCGCUACGGAGUCGUCAAGUGAAAGUGAAGAGGAAGGCUCAGACACGGACGAUCAAUCAGUAACGUCUUCAUCAACGGACGGCGAGUUGGACGACGAUGUUCCCAUGCCAUUGAUGCCCACGACUCAACCUGAACAGCAGUUCCAGAGAGUCUCCCCACCUGCUUCCAUAUACACGCUACCCAACGACACGAUAACCCCUUCGCAAUCAGCUUCAAACACCCCUUAUCGUGCAGUGCCGCAAGGCUCGGGUAAAGCAUCUCGAGCGAUAGCUUCAAUCUUCUCAUGGUCCGAUGUCGGUCGAUGGGAUAGUCUGCACCCUGAGGAAUGCAGCAUAGUGGUAACGCCAGGGAAGAUCCAAGCGUACGAAAUCACCGAAGCACACUCCAAGCCGUUCCUGGCCGACGGAGACGACAUCAUGCCGGCGGAAGGGAGGGCUCCCCUAAUCGCCUUGGACUUGACGCCGUUAGUUCCCAUGCGCAAGUCGACGGCCAUCGACAUCACGAUCCGUUCUCCUCCCACGGCGGAGUCACGGCUCAAGAGCGGAAACAACGUCAUGUUCCGCAGCCGCAACCCAGCAGAAUGCGCCCAGUUGUACGCAAUGAUCAACUACGCUCGAAUCAACAACCCAACAUACAUUGCUCUGCAGAACGCAAGGGGACCGUAUGGCCAACCCAGCUGGGCGGAAGCCAUGGACCGCCAGAACGCAGCGCGAUCCAACGCCGGCUCCUCUAGCGGCUGGUUCUCCGGGACCCUUGGUCGACGAAGCUCGUACCGCAAAACCAACACGCGCGCUGCUUCCAUCUCCGCCGUCACCGAGUCGUCCGUUGGGACCAUGAACACGGCGCUCCGCAGCGCGCUGGCAAGAUUCAGCUUCAGCAAGAACGGCCGGUUCAAUAUCCGGGGGUCCACGCUCGGAUCUCGCAGUCUGAAUAGCUUCGACACGGGAUCCAGUGGCUCGGGCGGGGGAGCCAGCACGCCGCCUCUGAACAACCACAACAACCACGAACCAGGACGCGCGCCGGGCGCGCCCCCGGGAAUCACGAAUACAAAGUGUCGACUGUACGAGCGCGACAGCUUCUCCUCCAAGUGGCGAGACAUGGGUUCCGCGCGCCUGUCCAUCAUGCUGCCCGACCCGGUGGCGGCGUCUGGGCAGCAGAUGGAGCGCCAUGGGAGAGGGGGACCCGGGGUGAGGGAUCCGUCGCAGGAGAAGCGGAUCGUGGUGGUGGGCAAGACCAAGGGCGAGGUGUUGCUGGAUGCGACGCUGGGGGAGAGCUGUUUCGAGCGGGUCGCUAGGAGCGGGAUCGCGGUCAGUGUGUGGGAGGAUGUGGUGGGCGAGGAUGGGACGGUGGGGACGGUCGGGAAGGUGGGUGGGGUGAGUGCGGCGAGGGCGAGGGUGUAUAUGAUUCAGAUGAAAUCGGAACGGGAGUGCGCGUAUUCGUUUUCCCUGCUGGGCAAACUGAGGUAUUGAGCUGGGAGUUUGAUGUAUGGCAUCUGGGAGAUUUUUUCGUGGAAAUAGUUUUUUUUUCGAUCAUGGGAUACCUUUCUUCUUUCUUUGUUUCUUCUUUCUUUUUCUGUUUCUAGGGGGUUAUGCGGCGUAUGGGGACAUGUCGUUCUUCUUCCUCUUCUUCUUCUUCUGCUAUUCCGCAUGAAGCGGGCGUUUUCGUUUUCGGUACCUCACUCGCAAUUUUUCGACUUAGGGAUUCGAUGUUUCUAUGGAUUCUUUUCGGUUUUGAAUAUACCAUGUCCGCUUCUGUUAUUUAGGCUCUGCUGUCGAGUAUAGAUAUCUCGGCGUCUUUUUCUUUCUUUCUUGGAUGUGUCAUUUAACUAGCAUAGCAUAGCAUAGCAUAGCAUAGCAUAGCAUAGCGAUGGGAGGAUGGAGGAGUGAAGUAAGGAGAUGGGAUGUAAUUGAAUGUUUUUGGAGUGUUGAUGUCUUGAGUGUCUUCUAGUUUAUAGAGAGUGCUUUGUAG